AUGUCGCAAGCAGACAUUGACUACAUCAAGGAGUACCGGGCGUACACGCCUGGCGCCCAGCUCUUCGACUCGCUGGACCUGGCUCUCAAGUACAUCAAGGCCUACCGGACCCAUGAGGGCCAUCACAUCAUCCAGCUGCGCUCCACAUACAGAAAAGUCCACGGUGUGUACAAGGACGUUUUCCGGGUCGAUUUCCAGUGCAACUGCGGCGGCUCAUUUAUCGUCAAGGCCACAGGCCGACGAAUGGGGUGUCCCUUUCGAGGCAAGAUUGUGCAGUACAAAAACACCCAGCACUGGCGGCUCAUUUUCGAGGUGAACGACGCAUGGCAGAAAAACUACCAGGACUUCCAGGUGCGAAAAAGCGUCCAGAUUAUGUUUGCCAUCAACGGCGGCAAGACAAACCGGCAGAUUCUCGAUCAGCUGACACACGAGGCCCGAGUUCAGCUCGAGCAGGACGGCAAGAAGAAAAUCACCGACAAGCUCGUCAAGCAGGCAAUGCCGCUGGAGGACUACACGCUGGAGGAUAUGCGACGGCGCAUGGCCGAGGACCCGCAGAGCUCUAACAUGCCUAACGGCCAGACAGACUCGUACUACGACACCAUGGGCAACUCGUUUGUGGACUUGGGCAUGGACACGACACUGGCGGACAUUGAUUCAGACCAGACGGAGGAUGAGGCCGAGGACGAGACGCCCAAACGAAAGAUCCAGCCUCUUCAGCAGCAGCAGCAACAGCAGCAGGGACCUCAACACAUUUCUACAGGACUCACUCCAAAGAGCACCUUCAAACGACCACCUCUGCAGGAGCUGUCUGCAAACACCCCCAAACGGCCCAUGACAAAACCGACCCCAAUGCCCAUGAGCAUAGACUCUCUGCACCAACACCAGGGCCACCAGCAACACAUUCAGCAGCAUCACCACCAACAACGGGCGCCCGACGAAGCCUUUUCUCUGGCCAUAACUGCCUUCUUCCAGUCGUGGACUGCGUCCGGUUACAGACCUGACCAAAUCCCUCCGAAAUACAACCCUUUCAUUAUCCCCACCGAGCAGCAGCCGCCACCCACCCCGUUGGCAUCCCACGGGCAGUCGCAAAACCACUAUCACACGACGCCCACCUCGCAAAUGCCGCCGCUCCAAUCCUUCUCUUCUCUUCAAUUCCCCUCUUUUGACACCCCACCUGGCUCUCAAUCUAGACAGAUGCACUUUUGGUAA